AUGGCACCACUCCGACGCUACUUGCGGAUUACAAAAUAUUCGGUCCUCGAGGUCCGCAUCUAUCUCGACAGACCUGCUGACGCUGAGGCAUGGCUGUUGAAACGCGAUGAUCCAGCACUGCCACGCGUCAUUCAGGCCAUACGACCGCUUGUACUGCCCAAACUGCGAGAAGAAAACGAGCGGGGUAAAGGCCGAGGUGGUACCAAAUCUAAAAAGAAGGGAGUGAAGGAUGUUGUUGUUGAGGAUGAUUUCGAGGUUUCGAUCUUCUUGACGGACCUAUCCUCCCGCCACUCCGUUCUGACCAAGCAAAAGAUCUUCAAAGACAAGGCCCGCAUCCAGAGCAACUCGGGCAAACUCACCAACUGGCUGACAACCGGAACUAGCGAUCAGCCUGUCGUUAUCAACGAAGAUGCCGCAGAUCCGAUAGUCAUCAGAGAGGAGGACGACGACGACGAGCCUAUCAAUCUUGCUGAUAUCCCUGCAGCCGACGUAGCUGGAAAGCAGCCUGAACGUUCAGCACGACCAAGACGCCGAAGAGGCAACAAAGAGCAUGAUGGAAUCGGCGAUGAUACGGACAGCGAAAGUUCGGAUCUUUUUGUCCCCGAGCCUCCUGCCAAUGGCAGCAAGACGAAGGCCACCACAAGGGAUGAUGAUCAGGCCAGUGAUGAGGAACCACAAGCAGAUGAUAAGAAAAAACUUGGUCUCAAUACAUCAUAUGACGGCUUCAGUAUCUACGGCCGUAUACUAUGUCUUGUCGUUAAGCGCCGUGGCGUGCGAAAUCCGGCAGGAGCGAGUGGCGCAACUUCCAGCCAGGCAAUGCUCGAGAAUUGGGUGUCUACGCAAGCUGUGGCUGAACAGCUUGACGACGAUGAAGACGCCGUUUGA